AUGUCGCAUACGGCGAGGAGACAUUACGCGUCGGACGCGACUUGGUGCGCAGAUGUCGCGGAUAAGCGGCCCUCGACCUGUAUCUCUUCUUCUUCCCCCCACUCGUCCAUCUUCAACACCUUGCGUCGCCAUCCACCUCAACCUUCUUCAGUACCACCUCCUCUCAACUUGUCUACCAUGGCUCCCACCGUUACCAAGAAGGCCGCCGCGCCCCGCAAGGCCUCGAACCACCCCACGUUCCUGGUCAUGAUCCAGGAGUGCAUCGCCGCACACCCGGAGGACGCGCGUUCGGGCGUUUCGCGGCCGACGAUCAAGAAGUACCUUGCCAACACGUACAAGCUUGACCUCUCGUCUGCUUCGAACGUCAAUAACCUCUCGAACGCCAUCAAGCGUGGCGCCGAGACUGGCGCUCUUAUCCUCCCCAAGGGCAUCGGCGGCAAGGUCAAGCUUGCUCCUAAGGCCAAGAAGGCUCCCGCCGCUGACAAGGAGAACGUUGCCCCUAAGAAGGCGGCCGCACCCAAGAAGAAGGCUACUUCCACCACCAAGAAGCCCGCUGCCGCCAAGUCGGCCGUGAAGAAGGCCACGACGACCAAGAAGGUCCCAGCGGCCGUCAAGAAGACCUCCACGAAGAAGGCUCCCGUCGCGGCCAAGGCCAAGGCCGCGCCGACGAAGAAGGCGGCCCCGAAGAAGGCCGCCACCAAGGCCAAGGCGGCCAAGUAA